AUUAUUUCCACAGAUAAAUUCAAACAUUUUUGACGAUUCGUCGAUAGAAUUGAAUUUAGUUUUGAGGAAAUCAAAUCAAUUUUCAUUAUUUGAUGAGAUGUCAGAUGAAAACAAAAAAAGCUUACCCCAAAUUGCAAUAACUGCAUAUGAGUCCAACGAGGAAGACAUUGAAGUGACGAAUCUAUUAAAUGGAGCGAAUGAAGAAAAUAAUAUUAAGAUGCAAGAACCACGAUCAAUUUCUCCUAAACCAAGCAAACAUAAACCAAGAAUUAUAUUGAAAUCACCCAUCACAACACAUUUACAAAAGUCACUUUCACCUUGCUUGUCAGAUUUGAAUAGCUACACAGAUGUUGAAGUUAUAUCAGAUUCAGAUGAUGAAAAGUAUUAUAUUCGAACUCCUAAUCUUUCACCAGGACCUAUAGAUUAUUUCAUUCUGACAGAUGUCGAAGACUUAAGUGAAGAUGAAGGAUAUGAAAAAAACAAUAAGGUUAUGGAUGAACUUACUGAUAUUGAACAUUUUACAGAUGAUAAGGGAAUAAUUAAUGAAGUUGAACACACAGAUACCCCUUUAGAAUCAAUACCAAAUUUUCCACAGCCACAUAGAGAAAUUUUGUUUCACUCAAAAGAUGGAACAAUAAGUGCAUUAUCACCAACGGAAGAAUCAAACCCUAUUUGGCUCAAAUCUCCAAACGAAGAAGUUAAAGGUUUUGAAUCCGAAGAAGAAAUUAUAACAGUUGAAGAACAUAAAGAUACAGAAUCAUGUUUUAAAAAUAAUAAUACUUAUUAUCAUGAUUUAGAUGUAGGUGUAGUGGAAUCUAUAGAAAUGGUUAAACAAGAUAGAUGUAAACAUAAAUAUAGAAAUCGAGUAUUGGCAUCAAAAAAAAAUACAACACCUGAAGCAGAAUGUGUUAAAAAACGAUAUCGGAAUAAAAAUCGGUGUAAUUCAGAGAUUGAAGAAAGUUUUGAAAAACGUUCAGAAGAAAAUAAAAAAAAAACAUUAUCAAAAUACAUGUCUGAACCCACUCUAUGCAGUAUGACCAUUCCUAAACAAGACCAAAAUAUUCAGACAAAUAAAAUUAAAAACCAAGAAACUAAUAAUACAUUUAUAAUACAUGACAACAGAAAUGGUUUUAGUAUUUCUAUUGACUUUCAAAGCCAGAAUUCGGUAUUAUUAAACGUUGGUAGGGAUUACGGAAAUUUAUCAAUGAGAUGGUUUAAUGAUGGAAUAAUGACAGGGAAUGAAACCAAUCAAAACCAACAACAAAAUGCAAAGUCUAUAGAUAAUUCUGAGCGCAGCCCAGAAUUAACAACUAACGCCAACAACUUAGCACAACAAAACUCCAUAGAUAAAAUCCCACCUAUACCAAAUCCUAGACAUUCCAUUGACAGUAGUGUUACGUCUUCUUUAGAUGAAGAUGAUGUAAACUAUACUACAAAAAAACAAUUUUGGGAAGAAAUAACCAAAACUAAUCAACCUCCUCUACCAAAACCUAGAUAUAGUAUUUCAUUGCCAAUAAACGAUUCAAAAAGAUCUAUAGCGAACAAUGCUUCUUUAGAACUCUUCACAAAAUCAUUCGGUGCUUCUGAUAAUGCAGAAGUGCCUGAAAUGAUCAACAAACCAAUGACAAGUAACCAAACUACAGAAAAAACUGUAGUUUCUGAGUUCACUUGUCAGAAAUCGGAAUUGCUCGAUGAACAACCACAUAUACCACAACUAGAAGAACAUAAUGAUGUUAAAGAAACUAAACGAUUAGAUUCUGAAACUGAGUAUAUUAUUAAAUAUGGAGAAGAAUCAUUAGCUUUUGAAAAUGAAGGCUUUCAAGAAGAUGUUUUUGAUGAUAAAGUUUCAACUAAAACAGAAUAUUCUCAGUGUUCGAAUAAAAAAAAAAUGGACACAAAAAAUAGAUCAAUGUCAUUACCAUCUCAUCAAGCUGAACAUAUUUCUUCUAAAAAGUAUAUUCAGCAAAUUAAGAAUCAAAUGGAAGGUAUACAAAUGGAACAAGAAUCCUCACCUGAACAUAAAUCUUUGAAAUCCACGACACACCAACAAUCACCAAGCCAAGAAGUUCUUAUUAAUCGCCAAAUUCAUAAACAUAUUUUUUCUAAUGAAUUAGAUGAACAAAUAGAUUCAUUAAUACCAGAAGAAAAAUAUUUAGGCUUAAAAUGUGAAAAAAGUAUUUCAAUGAACUCAAUACAUUUGUCAACUGAUAAAAUGUCCGGGAGUACAAGUGAAAAAUCAAUUACGAAAACCGAAUCUGCUGAAUCAUCUGUACUUGAUGAUUUACCGGAAGAAACAAAAUUAAACAAAGUUAUUUCAAAACAAUCGAAAGACAAAAAUUCAUCAAGUUUAACUCAGGACCAUAUAGAUGAAAUUCCUUCAGACACUUGUUCGUUUAUCGAAGAAAAAGAAAAAUCCAUUUUACAUACUGAAUCAAUUGAUUCUUCUAUGAUUGAUGACGAAUUACAUCAUGAAAUAGAAAACGAAAAAAAAAUAUAUACACAAAACCUACCAGAUCGUAUUAUUCACACUCCAGAAGAACACAUUCCAGAUACAAUAUGGGAAGUCACUCAGCUCGGAACAGAUGAACAAGAAUUAGAGAACAUCGAUAUCAAAGAUCAAUGUCUUUUUCAUCAAAAUUUUGUUCAACAAGUUGAUUCUAUAGAAUCUCUUGAAAACACAAAAAAAGAAAUGACUGGAGAACUAGCUAGAAGUAUAGCUGAACAAUUAAUUAAUGAAAUUGAAAUUGAGCUUACAAAACGUCAUGAUGUGUUGGCCAAUUUACAUAAUUUAAUGAUGUCGCCUGAUCAAUUUCAAAAACUGGAAAAUAGUGGUUAUUUAGACAUGGAAGGGGAUGAUUUGAAGUUAAAAAUUAUGGAAUCAGUAUUAGCAAAAAAAUCCAGGGACCAAUUGAAAAGUAUAUCAAAACAUAAUACAAUUACUUCAAGCAUUGAAAUUACAGAUGAGGAUUUAAAAAGUAGUGGUUUCGAAAUCGAAUAUGAUGGAUUAACAAAAUCACAUAUCACUGAAAAUAUUAUUCCAGAAAGUGAUUACGAAAAAUCUAAAUCGAAUCCCUCAAAUAAAGAUCAGGAUAUAUUUAAUGAAUAUGAACAAUCUUCACAUAAUGAAAAAGAAGAACAUUAUAAAAAGACAAAAGAUAAUUUAACUAUCGAAGCUUGUAUAAGAGAACAACAAAAUGAAAACGAUAAACGAAUAGAAUCUCAACAAAUAGAUUAUUUUUCAAGUGGACAGGUUGAUCAUAAAUUAAUAUCUCAUCAUCACAACAAUGAUACUAGAACUGAUGUUCUUGAAAAUACGAUACUUAAUGAAAAUGAUCAAAAAAUAGAAACACAAGAACUAGGAUCAUAUUACAAUUCCAAUGAUGAUAAUAGUGUCCACGACAUACUUAAUUCGAGUAAAAUAUCAAAUACUGAAAAGGGAAAAAUGGUCAAUGAACAUAUUGUAGAAAAUGAUAGUCGUAAAUUUCACUCAAAAGAAUGUUUUGAAGUAGAAAAUAAACAAAUUAUACACGGGAAGAGUGGAAAUAGUAUUAAUAAUGAAAAACACGUUGAUACAUUAAUAAAAGAUUUCGAUGAUGAACUGAUAAAGGAAGAACAGCACACAGAACAAAUCACAGAUGAUGGAUUGGAAAUGUGUCAUAUAGACAGAGCAGAAUACCGAGCAACAUCUUGUAUUUUGAAAGAAACAGUGAACGAUUAUAAAAAUGAAAUAACAUUAAUAAAAGAAUUCGAGCCAUGUUCAUCAAAAUCAUUAACCAAACAACUAAGUACGGAAUCUUUUCCUUCAAAAGAAAAUUCCGUACAUUCACCAACUUCACCAUCAUCAUCUUCAAUUGAUAUUCGUGAAGAAAAACGAGUAAAUUUUGAUACUGUUGUACUAAGAAAGCCUGAUUCAAUCAAUAUUAAUAAACUCUCAACAAAAAAACCUGCAGAUUCCAGUUCAAGUGAUAGUCAUUAUCACUCAUUUGAUCUCACAUCGUCUAGCAGACCGUGUUCGUCAGACGUAGAUGGCCUUUUAGCUGGAUCUUCUGAGUAUGAAUCUGCCAUUUCAGUACCAUCAAAUGAGUAUCACACAGCAAUAAGUUCACUGAGCUCAAGAGAAUCAAUGAAAUCUCUAGACUCAGAAAGUUCUGGAAACCUUGCUUCAGUUGAAAAUAGUGAGGCAUCUGAGACACUUAUUGCAUCAACUGGAGAUUUAGAUUUUGACCAAGAAGGUACAAACUCAAUUUUAGAAGAUGAAGAUAAAAUAGAACCAUAUGAACAAGAUAUACCAAUGCAUAUAAUAAGAGGAGAAUCCUUACCAAUCAUAGCAGGAUCGACUGAAAUGAAGUACAGUUGUAUGUAUAAAACUCAACCAUUUUCUCAACCAGCUAUAAAUAGUGAAAAAAAUAUGCAAAAAAUGAAAAGAUCACAUGAAAUGACUUUUCAUCCUAUGCCAAAACAUAUAACAAGUGAUAGCUUAUCUGACUCAUCAUCGCACGAAGAAAAAUUAUUUUCAAGUGAAGAUGCCAGUAUGAGUAUAUCAAGUACGGAAGGUCAAGCAAUACAAACUGUUGUUGAAGCAAUGAAUGGAUUUCCAGAAUCUGGAACAUGCAGCUUUAGUUUUAGCGAUGAAAAUACAAAAUCUGUUGAAACAUUGACUGUACAAAAUGAAGAUGAAAAUUAUAACAAUGACAACAAAUGUGUAACGAUUCUAUCAUCCUCGGUACCAACAGAAUAUGGUAAUUGCCAAAAUGUAUGUACUCAAAUGACCACAAAGUCAGAAGAAGUACAAAAAAAAGGACAUCGAAGAAAUAGUAGUUCAUUUAAUAAGAUAUUAAUGGAAGACUUAGAAACAAUCGAAAAAAAAGAAAGUAUAGAUACAGAUGCACCCAAAGAAUUCACAGUUUAUAACCAAAAUUCAGAACAUAAUCGAGAUACGUCUAAAAUAAGAUUUGAAAACAUACCAUCAAAAGAUAUACAUGUUUUGGAUGCAGAAAAAGAAAUUCCUUUAAUACAUGAUAAACACAACUUCGAUGUACAUGGAACUAUACCUGAUAAGCAUAGUUUUGAACAUAUUGAUGAUAUUGCCGAAUCAGAUGCCGCUUUUCAAAUGGUACCUCAUGUAUCACCAGCAAUACCGGCGUCUUUACCCCCUACAAUACCAGAAGAUCCCUUUUCAGAAGAUGAAGAUGAUUUAAUAGACAAUUCUACAGACACUGUUCCUAAUAUUAUGAUAACAGAACAUAUGGCUCCUUUGGUUGAUAGAGGUUUUCAUUAUCCCGACUUAGAUCUAGAAGCUAAGGAACUAGAAAUUAAAUCAUCAACCCCACAAACCCCUGCAUCAAUUAGUAGUAAAGAAUCAUCAGAUACAGAUCAGGGUAAAGAAUACAUAAUAAAUGAAGAGUAUGACCCACACGAAGAACCUUCAUGGACUGGUGAGGAACAAACAGUUCUUGAAAAUGUAGAAGAAAUAGAAGAAAAAGAAUCUGUUUCUUUAAGUGAAUCUUUUGAAUUAGUUGAUAAUGUCGAAGAAAAACUAGCAGACAGCUCAGAAGAUGAAUUUGUAAUUAUAGAAGAAAUCGGAAAAGAAGCUAAAGAAGAAGACUCUGAAGGAAAAGCAAUACAAAUUGAAAGAAAAACUAAAAUAAUUCAUAAAAAUGUAAGCAGUACUAGUUCACCUCAACAUGAAUCAGACUCCGAAAGUCCAGGACCAAAAAGUCAACUUGAAUUAGAAUUUACAAAUCAAAAAUGGGUAGAACUUCAAUUUGAAGAUGACAACACUAUAAAUGAAGUUUAUGGAUAUAAUAUAGAAUAUGAACGACCCCCUCUUGAAGAUAUCAAAGAAGAGGAUACAGAUGAUCUGCAAAGUAGUAAAGUUGGGAGUAUUGGCAGUCAAGUCAGUCAUUCAAUUGAUAGUGUUAGCAGUAUGAAAGAAUCAUUUAGCAGCACUCCAGAAAGUAAAAAAUACUUAGGAAAAUCAUUAGAAAAUGAUAAUAUAUCUGUUAAUUCCCUACAAGAAUUUGAAAGGUUAGAACAGUUGGUAAGAAUCGAAUCAAUGAAAGCUAAAUCUUCAGGGUCUUUAGCAUCUACUACAAGUUCUUCCAAUAGCAGAAAGGAUGAUUUAUCAUUAACUUCUCUUAAAGAUUUUGAAACAAUAGAAGCAGCUUGUUUUAAAACAGAGUUGAUUGAAAACAAAGCUUUAGCUACUGAAAAAUCAUUAGAUGACGAAGAUGAAAUGUUUAAAAUCAAUGAAAUUAUCAAAGAAACUGAGAUAAACUUAGAGCAAAACGAAGAUUAUUCUGAAAAACAUACAUCAGAAGAUGAUAAUUUAACUAGUACAGAAUCUCUUGACUUAAAAACAAUUGUUACUGAAAUGAAAGUGUCGGCUUCUUUUGAGCAUAUGCCUAAUAUUGGGUUUGUUGAUGGAAAACAAAUCGAUUAUGACGACUGCAUGAACUCAAGUGUUUCAAGUCGUGGUUUUAGUAGUCCUAUUAUGGAUGACCAUUCUAAAGAGUCAUCAUACAGAAACAGUUUAAUUUUAGGUAGCAAUGAUUCACUAGGUCCAAUAAGUUCUACAUCAACAAAUGCCACUUACCACUGUGAAACUGGAUCUAAUAUGUCUUCUAGUUUUACAAGUGGAGGUUCCAAUACUAUGGUAUCCAGUAUGGAAGGCCUAGACAAAACUGAAAACAAACAUGAUUGGUUUGAUGAACAUGAAACUUUUGAAACAUAUAAAAAAGAUUCAGAUGGAACAGAAUUCACUCAUAAAAUCGUACGAUUGCCUCCUGAAAUUCAUAAAGUAACGGCAAAAGGACCAGACAAAGAAAAAAUUAUAGAAGAUUUUGUAGAAUACUUUUCCCCUGGCGAAUUCCAAGAGGAUAUAGAACGUACAGAUGAGCAUGGAAAUAUAUUUGUUACACGAAUUGUACAAAAACGAAUGGUUUUUGAUACUGAAGAACUAGCAAAUAAAGGUGUUUCUGAAGAUGAAUUAAACGCAUGUUUGAGAAAACUGUCUAAAGAUGCCCCUAGUGGAUUUGAAAUCAGUAAGAAAACUUCAACACAUAUUGCAGGAUCGUCUGAAGAAAUAACAGGACCAUCAAAUAAUGAUACAAAAAAAGUAGAGUUGCAAGUGGCUGCCUCAAAACCGGAGUUGAAGUGUGAAAUUAGUAUGGACGACGAUACAGAAAUAGAUCUACGCGAGCAUGACUGGCGCUUUCAACAUCAAAUAAAUACUGAAACUGAUGACAUUACAAAGCCAAGUACAUCUGGAUGGUCUGGAAAAUCAAAACCGAAAGAAAAUGUAUCUGAACUGUGAAGUCAAUGCGAUUUUGAAUUUUAAUGAUAAAUUGUUCAUCACUAUUAUUAUUAGAAAAUAUUAGGUAUUAAUAAUGUAAAAAAAUUUGGUAGAUGAAUCUAAAAAAUAUAUGUAAAUGGAAAGCUACAUUCCAAUGAAUAUUUGAAUACAAUAUGUACUUACUUAAAGUAUUAAUAAAUAUAAUAUGUUAUCAUCAUUUUAGGUACCUACUACCUAAAGGUAUCAUACCUACCUAGAAAAACCAUAAAAUUUCAUUUUGCAAUUUAAUUUAAUUAUAAGAGUAGGUACAUUAAUGUUUGUACCUAUAUAAUUUGCAUAUUUUUGAAAAUUUAUUUUUAAAAUAAUGAAUUAAUUAUUUAGAUAAUUAUUAUAUGUAUUCGAGUAUUUCAUAUGAUAUUGAAAUUAACAAUUUUUAUUUAUGUUAUAUCGCUUAACAUUUGUCUCUUGUUUGUCUUACAAAUACUUUACUAUAUAUACCUACCUACAUGGCUACAUCUAGAAAUUAGUUUAUACCUAUACUUAUAUUUUUUAUAUAUAAUAAUAAUAAUAUAAAUACAAAUUAUUAUUAUUCAUAUUAUCCCAUUAUUAUAACUUACUAUUGAUAUUUUUAUUUAAACUACAAAAUAAUUUAUUGUUACCUAUAUUAUAUCAUACUUAAUGCAAUUUUGUCAUCUUGUAUAAAACUUACUUUUAAAUAAAAUGACAGCCCAUUGCAAUUAAAAUGAAUAGGCAAAAACAUAUUGUUAUUGUAUCUAUAUAGGCUGUGCGUUAUUUUUGAUGAAUGAAUUUGAUGCUUUUAAUAAUCAUUAAA